UUUACUUUUUAGUUUAAUUUUUCUUAUGUUUCUUUCACAGCGAAUUAAUCCGGUCUUGCAGCGGUUCCUGGAGUGGAAUCCGAUCCCAUCGGAUUCUUGUAAAAAAUGUAUAGUUGCUUUCGUUCGUGCUCACAGUUCACACGAAUGGUUGGAGCGGCAGAGGAAAGAUCCCUAUGUGAAGAAAGCGAAGUAUGAGAGCUAUCGAGCCCGAAGUGCUUUCAAACUGUUGGAAAUGGAUGCAAAAUACCGUAUAUUUCGGCCAGGGCAAACUGUCGUGGAUCUUGGAGCAGCUCCGGGUUCUUGGUGUCAAGUAACUGUGAAAGCCGUGAAUGUUGUAACACCGUCCGAAGUGGCCACCAGCGGAAUAUUACCCCGCAUGGUGGUCCGCGACAAAGACCGAACCGAAUUUUAUUAUGAGGGAGAGCCAGAUGAUCUGCUGCGAGAAGCGCUGACCAAACCGAAAGCGAAGCAUCAAGCGAAAAACGGCCUCGUCAUCGGUGUGGAUUUGCUGCCCAUUAAUCCCCUUCCCGGUGCCAUUUUCCUUCAGGAAUGCGAUUUUACCAAGCCCAAGACUCAGCAGGCCGUGCAGGAUUUGCUGAAGGGCGAGGAGGUGGACGUGGUUCUGUCGGAUAUGGCGCCCAAUGCGUCGGGAAUGCGGGAAAUGGAUCACGAUCUGAUUAUCCAUUUGUGCCGAACGGCACUGCAGUUUGCUCUUAAAGUGCUGGCGGAGAACGGGGUGUUCUUGUGUAAAGUGUGGGAUGGCCGUCAAUUGACAGAUUUUGUUGCCGAAUUGAAGCAAUAUUUUAAAAUGGUGCGGAAUGUUAAGCCGCCGGCCAGUCGAGAUGAUUCCUCGGAAAAGUACGUAUUGGCAACUGGCUUUCAGAAAAGCUUGCUUUUGGCAAAUAAAACCGCUGCAACAUAG